AGAAAGUGAUGUGACACAUACAUGUACGGAACGCGUAUACCAAUCGAAUGCAAGUAAAGUUCCAUAAAAACUUCAAGUUAAAAAAGAAAACGAAAUCGCAUCGGACGAUUACACUUGUGUGUCUGAAAAGUUGUUGAUCAGAAACGCUACGGGAAAAACUGCGAGAAUCCAAGUUGUCUAUCAGAAAAACGGUCGAAUCAGUGUUCACUCGAUCGGUACCAGCAGCAAGUGCUUAGUCACUCAAAUAUCAACGAUAAAUGAUUUGCUAGAAAUUGAAACUACACGAAAUUGGAUUUGUGUGAAUUGAAAGCCGCUUUCGCAGUGUUUUUCCUCUUAAUUACUGGUUUCUAAACAAAAUGUCUAAAAAUAAACAAAUUCUACUUCGUGUUCAAAGUCCAGAAGGGACAAAACGAAUUGAAAUCCUUCCAUCGUCCACAAUUCGCGAACUGUACGAGUCAAUCCAUGAUGCAUUCGAACUGGAGGGUUAUAAUUUUGCGGUUUUUGGUGAACGCAACUACAAGAAUGAAUUGGCAUCGAGCCGAUCACAAACCGUUGAUGACUACAAACUUAACCAUGGCGAUAUGAUUUACAUGAAACCGCUAGCGGCUGGAUCAUCAUCGGUGGUAGAAGCAUUCGGGCCACAGCCCAGUACAAGCAGCUCAAGCAGUUCGAUUUCAUCAUUUGCAUCGUCAUUUAAACCAGCAAAAUCGGCGUCGACCACCAAAACAGAAGUGAAGGAAGACGUAGUUGAUAUAAUUCUUGCAAAAACUGAUGGUCGUUUGCAGCGCAAACGUGAUCCAAAAUUGUGUCGUCACAAUUCGAAUGGGUGUUGUGUUCAUUGCUCGCCGAUUGAACCAUGGGAUGAAGAGUAUCUCAAGGAGCAUAAAGUGAAGCACUUAUCGUUUCAUUCGUAUAUUCGAAAGUUAACGUCGGGUGUCGAUCGUGGAAAAUUUGUGGCGCUUGAAGAUUUGGUUUGUAGUAUCAAAAGUGGGUGCCGUGAUCAUCCACCAUGGCCGAAAGGAAUUUGCUCAAAAUGCCAGCCAUCGGCAAUAACAUUGAAUCGUCAAAUCUAUCGGCACGUGGACAAUGUUAUGUUUGAGAAUACGGCGUUGGUUGAACGUUUUCUCAAUUACUGGCGAACGACCGGUCAUCAACGUAUGGGCUUUCUGUAUGGUAGCUACGAAGUAAACAACGACGUUCCACUUGGUAUUCGUGCUCAUGUUGCUGCUAUUUAUGAGCCACCGCAGGAAAGUACACGCAACUCAAUCAAGCUAUUGCCCGACGAACGAGCCGAAGAAAUCGAAGAUCUUGCCAAUAAAUUGGGCCUACGCAAGGUCGGUUGGAUAUUCACCGAUUUAAUUGCCGACAACGGUGCUCUAGGAACGGUUAAACAUAUUCGCGGAAUUGAAACACACUUUCUUACUGCUCAAGAGUGUAUAAUGGCUGGACACUUACAGAAUCAACAUCCAAAUGUUUGUAAAUAUUCAUCGAAUGGCAAUUUUGGCUCGAAGUUUGUGACUGUCUGUGUAACAGGCGAUGCUUCGAAGCAAGUGCAUAUGGAGGGUUACGCUGUAUCCGGACAAUGCAUGGCAUUGGUUCGCGAUAACUGUUUAGUUCCAACAAAAGACGCACCUGAACUCGGCUACAUACGCGAAUCGAGCGAUAAACAAUUCGUUCCAGACGUUUAUUUUAAGGUGAAAGAUCAAUAUGGCAAUGAGGUAUCGCGCUUGGCACGACCAUUGCCAGUCGAGUACUUGUUAGUUGAUGUACCUGCGUCUACACCACUCACACCGAUCUACACAUUCACUGCACGCGACACAAAGGAUAUGUUCCCUGUGGAAAAUCGCUAUAUCGACGGUCAACUACAGGAUUUUAAUGCGCUUAGCGCAUACAUCUCGAAAUGGGCACCAAACGAAUUUCUUGAGGCAAUCUCUGACUUUCAUCUUUUGCUUUAUUUAUACUUCAUGGACAUGCUGCCAAUGAAAUCGGCCAUGGGUCCGUUGUUAGAAGCAGUACGCACGAAGAAUUAUGCGGCCGCCGUGCAAUGGAAAGAGCAAGAAGUAUGGAGCACACUCGAAACAUUGAUCACAGCCUCGAGCUCGGCCAGCGGGUACAUUUCCGUUUUCAUUAUUAAAUUUACCAAUGGAAAAUCUUCUCUCGUUCCGUUUUUUUUUCUUCUUAACCUAAUUAAUAAUAUUCUCUCUAUUGCUUUUGUAACAGCGGCAUGGAACAUUAUCCAGACACAGACUCGAAACCAGCAGCAGCAGAUUGGACUUGUAACCACUGUACAUUCAUCAAUCGUGGCGAACUCAGCAGUUGCGAAAUUUGCAAUUUGCCCAGGUAAUUCUUGGAAAAUGAAAUAUCGAAUUUUCACUCAUUUGCCCUAAUAAAAUCAUAACUCUCUUACUUUCCAUUUGCAGGAACUAAUGCCAAUUUGUGCGCUUCGGCUGUGAAGAAUCUAUGAUUUGCUACUUCUUAAUUGGUUUUUUUUAUCGCAAAAAUGAAAAAAAAAAACAAUCACAUAUAACACCACUUCUUCUUUUGUAAAUCAAUAAAUAUGAACUGAACACUCUCCCCACAACAGACAUACUGUAAUUUGAAUUAAAUUGCGCUCAGGAGGCAAAUAAAAUUAUAAAUUUAUAAUAAAAGCUAUUGAAAAGGCAAA